UAGUAAAUAGGUAAUUAGGAGAAGGAAACACAGGAAACUCUACGCGACCGGAAACGAUUCGAAAAUUCCCACACGCAUCUUCAACCCUCCAAAAGAAGAUGCUCGCCUUUCCGCGCGCCCAAUACAUAUCAGCCUUUAACCAACGCCUCUACGCCGCGUUCCAAGCCGUGUUCGCCAUCAUCGUCAUCAUGAUCUUCGUCAUGACAUGGGCAGUCCAAAGCGGCGCCGUUAAGGUUCCGCAAUGGGGCAAGGCAUGGGAUACCGUGUCGUCUGACACACAAGAUGAGUAUGCGGCCGUGCUAGUGCCGUCGACUUGCAUACUGUUUGUCUUGUUUUUGGGUGGUGGGCUUUUGCAGAUGCGGAGGCAGGCGAGGGUGGGUAGGUGAGACGGUGGUUGCAUUGAGUGCGGAUAGACGGUUGGUCAACUUUGGUACUGGGGUUUGAGUCGGAAGCGCAACUUGCAAGAGGUUGUGACGUAUCGGGUGGAAGAUGAUCAUUCGAAAUCGGGCGAUACGCGAGG